UAUCUGUCCCUUUAUGUAUUCAUCUCUGCCAAGCCCGACCCGUGAUGCCUAACACAGACAGAGACUAUAAAUACCACGAACAUUUUCAAUCUCAGGAGCUUCACAUAGCGUUUUAAGAGAUUCUCAGAGCAAACGCACAGAUUCUCCUCCCAACUGCACAGAUUCUCGGACACAGAGAAAUGGCAAAGAGCACAGACUCUCCUCCCAACUGCAAGAAAUACGGAGUUCCUAUCUACGGAACUUCGUGGGUCCCACCGAACGCACUCAGAUCUGCCCCCAACCCUACUACCGCCGACGCCGAUGAUGAACCCUCCGUCGAGCCAUCCCCGCCGUCGAUCGCCCCUCAAAACUACCUCGUCUUUGCCGGAGGCGGUGGCGAAGGCCGUAGCGGCAUCCCCAACGCUCUCCUCCUCUCCCACUUUGAUUCCGCCUCUAAUUCCCUCUCCGAUCACCCUGU